AUGGAAGAAGCACUUAGAAGGCUCAACGGAGUGCCGAGCCAUGUGCCAGAAUCCAUCUCGUACGAACCCAUAAUCGCCGACCUCCAGAAGAAGUCCGCGCCUACCACCACAACAAACAAAAGGUCACUGAAAGAAGGCGGUGGCAAUAGUGGAAACAUGAGGUACCGUGGCGUCCGCAGGAGGCCAUGGGGUCGUUAUGCAGCCGAGAUAAGGGAUCCUCAGUCUAAGGAACGGCGUUGGCUCGGGACUUUUGACACUGCUGAGGAGGCUGCUUGUGCCUAUGACUAUGCAGCUCGAGUAAUGCGAGGUAUCAAGGCUCGUACUAAUUUUGUGUACCCUGAGACUUAUUCUGCAACAACUGACUCUCAUAAUUUGCUCCCUCCAUUUACUUUUUCAAAAUCAUCUCAUCAUCAGCCCUCUCGCCAGUAUAAUACAGUGCCCUCUUCAAAUUGGUCUUCUCUCGGUCACUCUCAUGUGGGUGACUUCUCUGCUGGUGGGUCUGCUCCACAGAGGAGUACUAGUGGCAGUUCCGCUAACACUUCUACUCUGAACAUGCUUUUUCUUCGUGAUUUCGUAAACUCCUCUUCAGGUUCGUCGUCUCAAAAUCAUUCUCAACCGUUAUAUGAUCACUUUCCCUGCAUCAAUGGGUCCUCCUAUUCUGCUCCUAGUACUUUCGCAGGUGGUUCCUUGGGGAACCCUUCUAGUAACACCAGUAGUGCUAGUCCAUAUAAUUUCUCUGGAACUUUGGCAGACUCAACUGUCACUAGUCUACCCCACACGGAGUUUAAUCAGAAUUAUACUCCUGGAGUCCUGAAUAGUCCCAACUCAAAAGCCGAAGAGUUGGAAUUCUUUCCACAAGAACCAUCUGGCUCUGGUUUGUUGCAAGAAAUUAUUCAAGGGUUUUUGCCUAAGCACUCCACUGAAAAGAUUGACUUUUCAAAAAGCUAUGGAGAGUCAAUGGUUGCACCAUCAGCUGAAAUAAUAUCUGGUGGUCAGUCGCUAGAUGGAUUGAGAAGGAGCACGAAGUACUUCGUUAAAAAUGAGCACCAUGGUGCUUAUCUUGAUCAUGAAGGAAUAAAGUCAUCAGGGCAGCCCGAGGGCUGUUACCGUACUGGGGUUAGUUGUCAUGACCAAGUACCAUAUGAUAAUGAGAUGUCACUAAAUCUUCCAGUGGGUCAGGACUCCUUUUUGGAAGACAUUUUUCAGUACCCAGAUCUUAUGAGUGCCUUCGCAGCUAGGUUCAAGAAUGCUUGA